AGGCGGACGGUGGGGCCCCUAACAUGGACUCCGAAUAUUCUCUCUCUUCACUCUCUCUCUCUCAUAAAAGUCUUCAAAGUUCUAUACAGUUUACAUGCACCCAUCACCUAACUCACUUCUCUCUAACCCCAAAAAUGCUCCCUCUCUAUUUUCUCCUCCUCCUCCUCCUCCUAAUUUCCCCCUCCUCCACCACCGCCGCCAACCCCCGCCGCCUCGACGACUCCCCCGUCAAGUGUACCCCAUGCGAGCAAAACCCCCCAUCUCUCCCGCCGCCGAUCUACCCCUCACCCCCGCCGCCGUCUCCUCCGCCUCCUGACCUCCUCCCCUACUACUCUCCCCCACCGCCCAAGAAGAAGGACCACAAGAACCCCAACUGCCCUCCGCCUCCGCCUUCCGCGUUCAUGUACAUAACCGGCCCUCCCGGCGACCUCUAUCCCAUCGAUCAGAAUUUUAACGCCGCCGGCCGGAGAUCCACCGCCGCCGUGGUUUGGCUUCUUCUGGCCGGGCUUCUCUUGGUUUAAACCGCAGGAUCUCAAUCGAAUUUCUCGUAAGGUAAAACGAAUUGUGUACGAGAUUUUUGAUUUGGGAAUGGUUUAUAAGAAUUUAUAUGGAUCACCACCAUCAUCAUCAUUUUCUUCUCCAAUAAUUUUGUAAUUUGUACUAAAUUUUGAGUUAUCCACAAAUUUGUGAUCAGACAACAAAAUUACUGUGCUUUUGUUUAUCUAUUUUUCAAUCAAAAUAAGAAAAAAUUAGGUCAGAUCUUGUGUGCGA